GGCACUUCCGGCGGUCGGCCCCUCCCACGCACGUUCAUCGCGGCGGCGGAAAUUGAACCGACGGGCUCGUUACGCAUCUCACGAGGCUGGAGGGGCAGUCCUCGGCGCGCCGACGUCAACGCCGAGCCGGUUUCGGCGGGGGAAAAUCCCAAGCGGCCGCUAAGUUAAGCCGAACACGUGCUCGGCCGCGCCGCUCGCAGCCCUCGCCUUGCGCAAGUUUAAGAAGGCGGCCUUGGUGACUGCGGAGGACGUACCUCUUCCGUAGCUACGAAAACUCGGUUCUGCGCCGCCGGCACAACAGUCGCGACGCCAUGAAACGCUGCACCCUGGUCGCGCUGCUGCUCGCGGUCGCUGCGGCCCGCGCCGACCGCGACGCCGUCAGCCGGGCCUCCAACGACCUGGGCCUGGCGCUGUACCGCAAGCUGGCCGAGGUAGACUCCAAGGGCGGCAACGUGUUCCUGUCGCCGGUCAGCGUCGCGGCCAUCCUCGGCAUGGUGCAGCUCGGGGCCAGGGGCCGCACCCGCCAGGAGCUGGACGAGGCCCUCGCCGGCGGCUCCAACAAGCUCGGCAAGGUGAGCGGCGACGACCUCGCGGCCGGCUUCGGCCAGCUGCUCAAGGACCUACGGGCGGAGAAGGGAUACGACCUGCGCAUCGCCAGCGCCGUGUUCAUCGCAUCGGGCCUGCCCAUCUUCGAACGCUAUAAGAAGGAUCUGGACAAGCACUUCGCGUCUGGCAUCUAUUCGGCGGACUUCGCGGGAAACGGACGGGAGGCUGCCCAAGACGUCAACAACUGGGUGCGCGACAUGACCGAGGACCGCAUCCCCGAGAUCCUCGAGCGACCGCUGCCGCCGUCGGCACCGCUGCUCGUGCUCAACGCUGUCUACUUCCGGGGGCUCUGGCUGAACCCCUUCAAGCCCAACGAAACGCGCAAGGAGGACUUCUACAACCGCGGAACCCGCGCUGUGCCCGUGGACAUGAUGCACGUCAAGGAGGAGCUGGUGUACGCGUACAGCGACGCCCUCGACGCGGACAUCCUCGAGCUGCCUUACGAGGGCGACCGCGUCGUCAUGGUGCUCGUGCUGCCCCGAAAGCGGGACGGGCUCCCGGACCUGGAGAGGCGCUUCGCCCUGGAGCCCAUCCGCGAGGCCCUAGCCGGGGCGGUGCAGCGCAGGGUGGAUGUCCGACUGCCCAAGUUCCAGCUUCAGCUGUCGUACAGCCUCCGCAGCGUCCUGCAAUCGCUCGGAGUCCGCGAGGCGUUCAACGCCCAGGGCGCCAACCUCUCCGGAAUCUCGGGGUCGCGACGGCUGUCUCUCGACGAGGUCCUCCACAAGGCGCUCCUGGACGUCGACGAACAGGGCACGGAGGCCGUGGCCCUGUCCUCUGGCAUCGUGCGUCACUCCAGGCCUCCCGAGGAGGAAGUGCAGUUCAAGGCGGACCACCCGUUCAUCUUCUUCAUCGAGGACGUGCGGUCCCAGACGCUCCUUUUCCUCGGAAGGCUUCAAGAGGUGUGAGCGCAGUCGGCCGCCAGGUGCCUCCGACACGCGAGCCGUCAUUACAUUCUGUGAUAGCGGCCGUCCGAGCUGCGACUCCUCGUCGUUCCUCUCGGGAGAUCUGCUUCCAUUCCGUGCUGUGUCCGCUUCGAUCUGACUCUUUGGACCGACUAGUCUCUGGGAACGAAUCUGCCCGACCGGCAGAGAUCACCCAUCGCUGACAACGCUCAGCAUCGUGGUUACGGCCUUGGGCAGCAUAAUAAAAGUUACCACACUGUUUAA